GUGAAAAACUGAUUUAUGUUUAUUUUGUUUGAUAUAGAGUCAUACGCAAUGUCUCUGUGUAAUUGAAAACUGUGCCUUGUGUUUUACGAAAACGUUAAUUUAAUAUGAAGCAGACAAGUUUACACAAAUAAAUAUUGAAAUCUAAUCAUGGACACUGGACAACAGGUUAUUUAUUAAUUAAUCAUUUAAUUGAAACCUUAACAUAAAUGGGUUCGACUUGACAGCGAAUGUACACCAAAGUUCGCUCCUGCUGAAGUAGAAUUUACAUUAUUGCAGCUACAAUGGACAUCAUUGAAUCGAUAAAAAAAGACAAAGCUUAUAUCAAAUACAAAUUGAUAGUUAAAAAUUGGGAGAACGAAUUUAAAAACAGUCACUCACGAACACCUUCUAAAUUUGACAUUAAAGAAGCUCCAUCUAAGAUAAAGUAUGCUUACAAGAAAUAUUUUCAGUUAAAAAGUUCAGCACUAGAAAACUCAUUGUCUAUAUGUAUUGAUGAUGAGCCUCUUGGAUCUCCGGAUCAAUCACACUUUGAAAGUGCCUUUGAAACUUUAAGUCCUCCUACUGAACAACUAGUUGCCACCUUGCCUAGUGGACCUCAGCUUAAUGAAUUACUGUCUAAUGUAUCAUCAUUUAAAAAAGAGCCUUUGAAAAACAUUCAAACGCUAAGCCCAUUCACAGACAAGCUUUCAAAAAAACUGUUUCAGAAUAAGCAGUUUUCCUUGAGGAAUCCUAGGAAAUUAUCAUUGCAUAAGUCACAGUCUGUGAUUGAAAGCAAAAUUGAGAAUGACAGUGAGUUGAACAAGAUUGAAAGUUUGUCCACCACACUGACACAAAUUGACAAUCAGAAAUUUUCUGUCCUAGCAGACAAGAGUACUUUGAGUAAUAAUGAUUUACUGAGAACAUUUGGCACUAGCACCCCAGAUUUCAAGAAAACUCCAACUAUUAGAAAACUUAAUCAGGGAUGGCUAGAAAGGGCAACUGGAAUGUCAUUACAUGAUAUGGCAACCUCAACACCAGGUGAAAAUCCUAAAACAUUUGGUUUGGGAAAUAUUUCAGUACCAGUUAAUGCACGAGUUGGCAAGCUGAGAAUAGAAGAGAGGAUUGCGGCUCAGCCUGAUGAAGAUAAAUGUGAAGAUUUUGUAGAAAAUAGUGAAUCUGAAGGGGAAGACGUAUCUUUUUCCAAACUGAAGCCAGCCCUUAAAAAAAGGAAACUAGAAGAUGCAAUAAAUAUUACCAGAGCACAACCACUGGAUGAUCCUGCAAAAACUAGCAAAAUAGAACUUGAUAAAAGUCAAAGUCCGGAAAAGCCCUCUAAAAAUAAACGAAAAAAGAGAGUUGUGAAAAAAGAGCCUAAAAAUAUAGAUAGUGAUACUAAAGAACAACACCCUCCUGACAUUGCAGAGUAUAUGCCAUUUGGCAUUGAAAAUGUAAAGCCGAGGCAUUCUAAUGUCACAGACAUACUGAAAACUGUGGAAGAAUCAGUUAAAUAUGACAAUAUUGAAAACGAUACUGAAGCUACAGGUAAAUUAGAAAAUAAAAUAAAAAAUGGCACUCUAAAUGAUAACUUUGUAAGAAUCAACAUAGAGAAAAAAGUAUUUGUCCGUGGCAAAAAAAGUAUAAAUUUUUCUAAGUACAAGAAACAGCAAUAUAAAGACAAGAAAGCUCUUCAUGCUGGCAUGGAGUUUCCAGAGGCAGGAAAGAUGUUAUGUUUCAAGUGUGGAAAGUCAGGCCAUAUGGCAAGAUAUUGCACAGCUCAUAAAGGAGAAACUCUUUUGCCAUUAGAAAGCUAUGACGAAAAUAAUAUUCCCUCUUUAGAAGAUAUAGAGAACAUUGUUAAUAACGAAACUAAUAAACUAUCUCUCCCAGAACAACUUAGUACAUCUGUUUAUGAAGCCAGUGCUAUUCCGGAGUCAUUCCUGAAAAUGCUUGCUGACACACCCUCAAGUGAUGAAAGAGAAGUUAAACCAAUAUACUCCAAUAGUGAGGAAACAUCAACUGCUUUACAUGAAGCACUUGCUAUGUUUGGUCACAAAUGUUUUCGACCUGGACAAGAACAAGCAAUCAAGCGUAUACUAGCUGGUAUGUCCACGUUGUUAAUAUUGUCAACAGGUGGAGGAAAAUCACUCUGCUAUCAACUCCCAGCAUAUAUUUACAGCCAGCACUACAAAUGCAUUACUUUAGUCAUAUCACCACUGGUUUCUCUGAUGGAGGACCAAGUGUUAAGUAUGCCAGAUUUCCUCAAAGCUGGAUGCUUACAUACUAAUCAGCCACCAACACAACGCAAGAAAAUUAUUCAAUGUUUGAAGGAUGGGGAGAUAAAUAUUCUCCUUAUAUCACCAGAAGCAUUAAUAUCAGGGGACUCAUCGAAUGGGUUUGCAGGGUUGUUCAAAUCAUUGCCACCCAUUGCAUUUGCGUGCAUUGACGAAGCACAUUGUGUUUCACAAUGGAGCCACAACUUCAGACCGAGUUAUUUAAUGAUUUGUAGGGUGCUACGAGAAAAGCUAAAUGUUAAAUGCAUCCUUGGCCUAACUGCAACUGCAAGUCAAUCAACAAUAAGAAGUGUGAUUAGUCAUAUUGACAUACCUGAUGGACUGACUGGAGUUAUAACUAACCCCGCCCUUCCUGAUAACCUGUACUUGUCAGUAUCAUUUGAGAAAGACAAAGAUAGGGCAUUGGUUUCGUACCUGACUUCGGAACGUAUAAGUUUCUUUAAUUCUAUUAUAGUAUAUUGUAUAAGAAGAGAUGAGUGUGAAAGAGUGGCUGCUGUGCUAAGAUCAUCCCUUCAAGAACCUGGAAAGAUUAGCAUGGAAGCAAAAAACAAAAAAAGAAAGAGAAUGUCCUACAUAUCUGAAGCUUACCAUGCUGGCAUGUCUGGAGCUCAGAGAAAGAAAAUUCAGAAGCAGUUCAUGGAUGGCACAUUAAGAAUAAUAGUGGCUACUGUAGCUUUUGGCAUGGGAAUAAACAAGUCUGAUAUCAGAUGCAUCAUUCAUUAUAAUAUGCCAAGCAGUUUUGAAUCUUAUGUGCAAGAAGUCGGCAGAGCAGGAAGGGAUGGACAACCUGCCUAUUGUCAUGUGUUUAUGAGCAGUAGCAGCAGCGAUAAGAAUGAGUUGCUAAAACAUAUCCACGCAAACACAAUAGAUAGAUCAACAGUCAGAAAAUUACUUCAAAAAGUGUUUAUCCCUUGUGACUGCACCAAACGCAAUGAUGCAUCAACAUCGAAAUCUGCAUAUUCUGCACAAAGAUGUAAAGGACAUGAGGUUGGCAUUCCAAUUGAUGUCACAGUGGAAGAAUUAGACUUGCCUUCUGAAAAUAUUGCAACCUUACUAUGUUACAUAGAGCUGCAUCCAAAGAAAUAUAUCAAAGUUCUGAAUAAUGCUUACACAAUGUGCAAAAUUUCGUCUUAUGGAGGGCCGCAAAAAAUUAUUGAAGCUGCAAAAACUUGUCCUCCCCUAGCAAUGGCUGUUUUAAUGGAGUCAAAAAAGCAAAAAGAUAUAUCAAAACUAAGUGUUUUGGAAUUUGAUGUUAUUGAGGUAGCUGCUGCCAUAGGUUGGGAAAGUGGCAUGACAAAAUAUCAUUUGAAAAAUUUAGAGUGGAUAACAGAAGGCGCGACAUCUCGACGAUCACAACUAAAGAUAGAAUUUCAUACCCUCGGCUUUAAGAUUAAAGCGUCAGGUGACCUCACACCAGCUGAACUCGACUGCAUGCUGGACGAUCUUCACAACUUAGUCAUGAUCCAGGAAAAAGCUAUGUUAUAUCAGUUAGAAGAAAGCCACGCAGCAUUUACUAAACUUGGCAGCAACUCUGUGGCAAGCAAGGAAUUAUCCCAAGAUAAUCUUGUCGCGAAAUCUAACGAGCUUAAGUCGACAAUACGUAAUUAUUUCCAAAGGGAGGAGCACUUUGCCAGUGAUAUUGAAUGCCAAGAACGUCCUAUAGACACAGAAAGAGUGAUAAGUGACGUAAGAGCUUUAAUUGCUUCAUAUAGAGAUUGUAGCUUCAAUGGACGUAGUAUAGCAAGAAUAUUUCAAGGUAUAUCUUCACCAAACUUUCCGGCUAUCGUUUGGGGCAGGUGUAAAUUUUGGAGAGCCCAUAUUCAUGAGGAUUUUUACGGAAUCAUCCGAUUAGCGACACAACAGCUAAUUCAAAUGAAAAAUGUUUAAAUAAUAUUUAAUGCUUGACAAUUUCAAAUAAUAGACAAACUGAUAAA